AUGGAUCGUUUGUACAACUUCCAGGUAAAUCAGAGUAAGGGGAGGAGGUGGGAUGAGGAUGAAGAGAAGCUGGAAACAGAGGAGAGUAGUCAGCAGGAACAAACAGAACUAAAAGGAGCCCCUUGGGGCAGUAAGCAGCUGCUCCCAGGAACCAUCUACUGUUUGCUGCUGCUGCUAUUUUCCAGCACGAUUUUCCUGCUCCAAGGAGUAUGUGACUGCCCAGAGAAGUGCAUCUGUCACCCAUCCUCAAACUCUGUGGACUGUAGCAGCCAGGGUCUAGCUGAAAUUCCUCCUAAUCUGCCUCCUCAGACACUAAUCCUGCACUUACAGAAUAACCAGAUCCAUCAGCUUUCAGCUCUUGCAUUUAGACUCUUCCAUGCACUCCCCCAAUUAAGGGAGUUAGAUUUGUCAUCCAACAACAUAAGUUAUCUUCCUGCAUCCCUGGGCAAGCCUUGGGAGAACCUAACCAUGCUUGCAGUGCAACAAAACCAGCUUCAGCACUUGGAUCGUGAGCUCCUGGAAUUCAUGCCCAGAGUGAAGCAGUUACUUCUCAAGGACAACAUCUGGAAAUGCAAUUGCCACUUGCUGGGUCUGAAACUCUGGCUGGAGAAAUUUAUCUAUGAAGGAGGAAUAACAGAUGGUGUCAUCUGUGGGUCACCUGACACCUGGAAAGGAAAGAAUCUUCUUAUAAUCCCUCAUGAGCUGUACCAGCCCUGUGCUCCUCCUUCUCUAGAUCUGGGGUACUCACAGAAUCAGCAGCCUAACUCUGCCUAUGGAGGAGAAGACACAAAGCCUCCUGAGAACCACAACUCAGGGCAUCACAUUCCCUUGGAGUGUGAAGCCAAACCCAAGCCCAGGCCAGCCAACCUGCGUCAUGCCAUGGCUACGGUUGUCAUUACGGGAGUUGUAUGUGGAAUCGUGUGUCUCAUGAUGUUGGCAGCAGCCAUCUAUGGCUGCACCUAUGCAGCUAUUACAGCCCAAUAUCAUGAUGGAUCUUUGGCCCAAACCAGUGAGUCUGGGAAGACAGGAGGAAAGGAGAUGCUUGAAAGCUCAACAGCCUGAGAGCUUUCAUCUCAAAGAGAUCAGUGUAGGAGUGGGACCCAUAUGUUUGCCAUUGUGAUUUCAUUCUGCUGCU